CGCUCGCCCCGCCGCCAGGCUGCUCGCCGCCGGCGCUCUCGCCGACGGCGAUGUCGUCUUCGGAGCCGCGCCCGCGCCCCGCCGCCUCCUUCUCCGGCGACCUGCCCGAGGACGCGCUGUACGAGGUCCUCCUCCGCAUCCCGGCCAAGGAGCUCUGCCGCCUCCGCGCCGUCUGCCCGGCCUGGCGCGCCCUCACCUCCGACCCGCCCUUCGUCGCGGCACACAUGUCCCGACACCGCACGGCGCCCCCGCUCCUCGCCAUUGCCUACCGCGACGGCAGUGAGGUCAACGGCGUUGCGAUUUCGGAUCUGUCGGGCAACGUCGUGAGGCGGAUUCCAGUCACCGGGUAUGAGAUUGUUACGGUGAACGAGUCGGGUGAUGCCGUUGGCCGGAUCUCAAGCAAGGACGAGCAUGAUAGCAUCUGUGUCGUGCGCAGCCGGCUAGACCUCGUGUGUUUCCACUGGAAUGUGUACUCUAGGACCUUCUGGGUGCUGAACCCGGUCACUGGAGCUGCUCUCGACUUACCGAUGGGCCACUCAAAGGAAUUGGAGCAUGAGCUGGAGGUACAGGGAAGGAAAUGGGGCUGCCAUGUCGAGUGGUGCGCUUUUGGGAAGGUCUCCUCUACCAGAGAGUACAAGGCGCUCCGCAUCUGCAGCAUUCUAGACCGGCAGGUAUGUGAGGUUAUCACCUUUGAUGACACCAACCAUGGAAGCUGGAGGAGAAAGCAGGACCCUCCGUCCCGUAUCUGUACCGGUCGCCAGAUGAGAUGUGUGGUCAUCGAUGGGGUGGUCUACUUCUUGAUGGAUUUUCACUACACUUACUUUGAAACCGGGGUUAUAACCAUUGAGCCUGGUAGCAUAGCUUCGUUCAACCUCGAGACGGAGGAGUGGGGUGUUCUACCUGGUCCAGAACAGGUGAAGAGGUUUGUGCAAGAGAACAAGAAAUACAGUUACUCACAACUUGAGCUGCAGUUAUCAUUGGCUGAGUUGAACGGCUGCUUAGUUGUGGUUCAUAAUAUUCAUAAGGUAUCUAUGGACUUGUGGUUUUUGACAGAUUUUGAGAAAGGUAUCUGGGUCAAGAAAUACAGCUUGCCUUCACAUGUUGCUAGGCUUUUUUGGUAUCCUUUUCUCAUGUUAGAUGAUGGGAGAAUUUUCUUCAGUGGGAUGGAUGGUCUGGAAGGUCUAUUAACUGGUGGAAAGGAAGGAGAGGGAUUCCUGCAAAGUUAUGAUCCAAGGAAUGACACUUAUGCUGAUGAACUAGAACUAAGAGAUCCCAGAUCAAUUGGCAUUUACACAGGAAGCGUGCUGAGUUUAUAGCGUAGCUGUCACUGAUGAGGUGAAUGAUACAUCGUACUGGCUGUUCACCUUAUGUUCUAAGUGUGAACAAUUAGUGAGACAAUGUUCUGAUGCAUGCAUCUUUGAAAAAGUACCUUUGUGCCUGCCUUCAAAGUAUAUUAUGUUAAUCUCCAAUACAUUUUGCAUGAGAAGGUUUUCAUUUUUUGUUCGUUCCAUUUUGUAUGGCAAUUUCAGGAGUUUGGUCAAUGAGUUACUACAUACCUAUGGCCAGUUUGUAACAAACAAGCUUUUGAAUGUGGUGUUUCAAACUAUAAUAUGCUGCUCCCAGUGCAACAUAUGGGUUCGGUACAGGAUGCAUAAUUUGUUGCUUUCUUGGAACAGAUAAUCAUUUGCUAGCACAGUUAUGUUCCCCUCGAAUGUUCAGUGCUACCUGGUGUGCAUUGGUGUCACUGAGUUACAUUUUUUGUUA